CGGAGGCGGCAGCCGCGGGCUCGGGUCUGCUGUGCCGCUGGUGCGGCUGCGGGUCGGCGCGGCCAUGGCGGAGUGGCUGAUGGUGCUGUAUGAGGACGACUCGGCGGAGCUGCACUACGCGGGGGGGGACCGCCUGCUGCUGUCGCCCUGCGGCUGCGAGUACCGGCAGGAGGCGGCGCCGCCCGCCGCUGCCCACCCGCUGCAGCCGGCUCGGACCACCCGCCAGCGGACCGCCUUCGUCCGCAGCGCGCACCGGGAAAGACUUCUACGAGCUCUAGAUUUCCGGAACAAGUUCUCUUCUCGCCCAUACUUACCUUCACAUGUUAUACCUCCAGAGAGAAAAAAGAUUAUUUUCAGGGAUAUCUUAGAAGUUAGAUGGCCUGACCCUGCUACAGCUGAUCUGACAAGAUGGGCAGACAAUGGCAGUGUGAAGAUCUCAUCAGUAGAUGGUUAUGCUCACCUUUACCUGUCAGAAUUGCACCAAGAAUUCACAGUGGAAUUCUUAUGCAAAGUCAGCCAGUCGUCUGCAGCAUCCCUAUGCUCCUCUCAAAAGAACAGCAACUAUCAAACUAGAGAUCACUAUGGAAAAUCAAGUAAGAAUUAUGUUGCUGAAAUGUCAUUGAAACAAACAAGCAUAGAGGGCAAGAAGAACGAUCAAGGUUGUGCUGAAGGUAAAUACAGAGAACCAACCAAUCCAGAGGACCAAAGACACACAGAUGGAGUCCCUUUGUUCUACACAAAUCACUCUUGUGAAUACACGUGGGUUACACAGUGUUGGUCUGUCUCCUCCUACCCAGAAGAAUGGAAAUACCCUUUGUCAUUGGCACUAAUGUGCUAUAACUUAUAUACUGCUAAGAACAUAAUGCAGACAUGUGAGAAAAACAACCGUCCCUCUAUGGAAACUGAUGUUUUAAUAGACCCUGGAACAAAGGAAACAGCUUCUCAUUUACCUACAGCUUUGCCGCUCAGCUGCAGAGCCCCACACUUACACAGGUGGACUUUCUGUGACUUCUUUCAGAAUGAAGAUGCUGAAAAGUAUUCGUGCCCUCAGCUAAUUCAAAUUGUAUGGUGGCAGGGUGUUUUUUAUAGAUUUAUCCACGGUAGGAAAAACAUCAUAGAAAUCUAUCCUGGUGAUGACUCAGUUCUCAAGUCAGAGGGAGCACUUUUUGGAAAUUAUUUCAUACACUAUGCAAUCCAAAAAGGAACAAAAAAGAGGGAAGAGAAGAUGUAUUCGGUCAACAGCCUACCUCCUGACGUACCAGGAAAUUCAUAUUCUAUAUCCUCCAUCAUUACUCAGGCAACGAAAAUACUUCAGUACUGCUACAAGACUAAACUGUCAUUAACUCAUAACUAUUCUCUCUGCUGUUGGAAAAUGGUACCUGAGACAGAUGGACGAGAAAUGUUGCCAGUUUUGCUGUAUGAAAAGGUUAUUCCCAGCAUAGGAAGACUCAUUGUGUACUCGGAUCAUAAAGUCCAUGCUGCUUUUUGGGAUGGGGUGACCUUGAAUAUGGUCUGGCAUUUCAGCUCUUCCUGUAGCAAGAUCCAGGUAAAUGAAGAUGUAGGCUGGUGUAAGUUAACUACUCCUGAUGGGGUACAGCAGCUAAUACCAAUAAGUCAUCCUGGAAUCUAUGAAAGGUAUAAGUAACUUAAUUUGAAGUUAAAGGAAUUCUGUACAAAUCCUUUAUAUGAAGACAUGGUAUUUACUGAAAAUAUAUGGGAGGGGGGUAACACCAAACACACAAUGAUAAAAGCUCUGUUUCAUCUGGCGAAGAUUCAGGACCUUUAUGGCUCGGGACCUCUGCAUGCUAUCAUUCCAUUAUGAUCAUUCCAGUAAUAUCUUUUUAGAAACGUAAGUAGAGCUGCAACUUGGCACUUAGAUCAGUGGAUAAGGAUGGAAAAAAAAAAAAAAGAAAAACUCCUUGUCCUAUAUAGAACUGGUACCUAGAAGUGGAUAGCAUUUUAUCCAAUUUCUGCUUUAUUACAGAUACUGACAUCUGCGUGCAGAUUGCUUUCUCUAAUCUGCUUGCUCUAAUUACAGCCUCAUUAUGGGAAUCAUUAGAAGCUUACUGUGCUGCUUUUCAGCAAGGAGAUAUUCACAAACAAAAAUUAACAUUUGUACACUAUUCAUUACAAAAUCAUACUGUUUUGUUACAAUUUUCUGUCACAGCACAGGUUUUAAUAUGAAGGAGAUUCUAGACAAAAAAUGGGAAUCAAAAAAUGGCAAGGGAACCUAGAGAAAAAGUUAGAUUUUGACUCAUGGUUGGUUUUGGGUUUUUUUUUCAGAUCCAAGUCUAUUGCUUCAUGCCUUCAGUUUUUUUGCUUGAAUUA